CACCUUGGUAACUGGGAUUGGGAUUGGCUGAGCGUAUUGGUGGACAGUCAGCUCCGAGCCCUGGCUCCUCACCUCUGAGCCAUCUGGUCGGCACUGCUCACGCUCACAGGCUUCGCAGUCUUCCCUCCCUCGCUCUCCUACUCCCUCGCUCCCCGAUUCCCUCGCUACUCCUGCCCUCUCGUUCCCCCACCUCCCCCCGGCAGACACAAGGACCAUGGGCUCAGCCUCCUCUUCCAACCCCCUGAAGGUCAUCUACCUGCAGACAGACGGAGACCCCCUCAAGGUGGUGUUUAACACACACUGGAGCUCGAGUGAUGUCAGGGAGCUGCUCUGCACCUCGAUGGGACUUGGCAGAAACUCUUCCAUUUUGCUGCGCGAUCGAGACGGGGCCAUUGUGGCCAUAGACACCGCCUUGCCAGCCAACUCCCCGAGCUCUCCAUACAGAGUUGUUCCUCUCGCUGCCAGUCAGCCGACAGAGAAAGAAGAGCUGUUCCAGAACAUUCUCUCACAGAUGGUGGAUCAGUUUUCCAGAGCUCUCAAAGUCAGCGACGUGAAAUCGGAAGUCUCGGACAGACUGGCGGCGUUGGAAAAGAGAGUGGAAGAGAAGGAGCUGAAGGGGGUGGAGAUCGACAAGUGUAAGAACGAACUGAAAAUGCUUCGCGAUGAAUUGUCUCUGGGACACAGCUGUCCCUGCAAACACCAUGAGCCGAAGGAACCAAGGUAUCUCAGAUCACGGCGAGAUAUUCCAAGCUAUCCCAAGUACACGCUCUCCCAGGAGACCAUCAGGGCAUUGAAGAGACCGAGCUUUGACAUUUGGCAUUGGGAAUACAAUGAGAUGCUGAGCUGUCUGGAAUACAUGUACCACGACCUGGGGUUGGUGCAGGACCUGAACAUGAACCCGGUCACCCUGAAACACUGGCUGCUCAGCAUCCAGGAGAAUUACCGGAAUAAUCCAUUCCACAAUUUCCGACACUGUUUCUCCGUGGCCCAGAUGAUGUACGGAAUGAUCCACCUGUGCAGCCUGCAGGAGAAAAUGUCCCUACCGGACCUGAGCAUCUUAAUGACAGCAGCGAUCUGCCAUGACCUGGACCAUCCCGGCUACAACAACGCUUACCAAAUAAAUGCCCACACCGAGCUGGCCGUACGCUACAACGACAUCUGUCCCCUGGAGAACCAUCACUGCGCUGUGGCGUUCCACAUCCUCUCCCAGCCUGAGUGCAACAUCUUCACCAACGUGGACCCUGAGACCUUCAAACGCAUCCGGCAGGGGAUCAUUACGCUGAUCCUGGGGACGGACAUGGCUCGGCACGCUGAGAUCCUGGCCUCCUUCCAACAGAUGGUCAACAGCUUCGACUUCACCAACGAGGAGCACAAGAUGUGUCUGAAGAUGGUGCUGAUCAAAUGCUGUGACAUUUCCAACGAGGUGCGGCCUAGUGAGGUGGCAGAUCCCUGGCUGGACUGUCUGCUCGAGGAGUAUUUCAUCCAGAGUGACAGGGAGAAAUCCGAAGGGCUGCCCGUGGCCCCGUUCAUGGACCGGGAGAAAGUGACCAAACCCACGGCCCAGAUCGGGUUCAUCAAGUUCGUCCUCAUCCCCACCUUCGAGACCCUGAUGAAGCUCUUUCCCCAGAUUGAGGAAGUGAUGGUGCAGCCCCUCAGAGCCUCCCGGGAUCGCUAUGAGGAGCUGAAGCAGUUGGAAGACGCCAGGACUGAGAAGCUGAGGAAGAAAACCACAGGAAGCAUAGCUGUGGGCAGCCAACGGCAAUAACAGCUCCGGGUACCACCUCACCACGGAGUGGUGCUCCGAGACCCUAUCCUGAGGGGAAUGGCGCUGUGUGAACGCAAGCUGUUGCUGUUGUUGUGAAACCAACUAAUUGAGUGUCACCCUCUCAC